UCUGGUUCGCAUGGCGGCAAGGCAUACCUAUAAAUGAUUUGAAAAUGCAAAACCCAGUAAGUAAGGGGACGCGCAGGAUUCGGUUUUGAACUUGAAGGGGCUCUUGGAUAACGAUGGAGGACGAGGCUGAUAUAUAUGAUGGUACUAGAUCUCAAUUCCCUCUUAGUUUUGGAAAGCAAUCCAAGUCUCAAACCCCUCUGGAAGCCAUCCACAAUGCCACUCGUCGUUCCAGUUCCAAUCUCGACUCUAAACCCUCUAGUUCUUCGCAUCCCCCCGCCACGACCGCCGACACCAAAAGUACCAAUUACCUCCCUUCUAUCUCCUCCUCUUCCAAGGCCUGGCUUCUUUCCCUCCGCAGUUCCAAAAACCCUAACCCGGACUCCACCGCCGAUCGUCGUGGUGGUGCUUCCACGAUUGGGCCGCCUCGGCCACCGCCGCCGGGGGAAUCUGAUGAGGAUGGCGGUGUUAUGGUGGGACCGCCUCGGCCGCCUGAUGAAGAAGAGGAUGAUAGUGAGAUGAUUGGGCCUCCUCUACCGCCUGUUGGUUUAACUCCCGGUGAAGAAGGGGUUGACGAUGGGGAGAUGAUUGGCCCGCCAAGGCCUCCCCCUGGUUCGAAUGUGGGUGCGUCAAGUUCCGAGGAUGAUUCAGACGAAGACGAGGUGGGGAAUCGGUUUCGAAUUCCGCUUAGCAACGAGAUUGUUCUCAAGGGCCACACUAAGGUUGUGUCGGCUCUUGCCGUGGAUCACUCCGGGUCUAGAGUACUUUCUGGAAGUUAUGACUAUACAGUGCGGAUGUAUGACUUUCAAGGAAUGAAUUCGCGAUUACAAUCAUUUCGACAACUGGAGCCUUUUGAAGGUCAUCAAGUUCGCAAUCUAAGCUGGAGUCCAAGUGCAGAUCGUUUUUUGUGCGUGACGGGAUCGGCUCAAGCAAAGAUCUAUGAUCGUGAUGGGCUUACUUUGGGAGAGUUUGUGAAGGGGGACAUGUAUAUCCGUGAUCUAAAAAAUACUAAAGGCCACAUAUCUGGAUUGACAUGGGGAGAAUGGCACCCAAAAGCCAAGGAAACUAUUUUAACAUCAUCAGAGGAUGGAUCACUGCGCAUAUGGGAUGUAAAUGACUUCAAAAGUCAGAAGCAGGUUAUCAAACCAAAGCUUGCAAGACCCGGAAGAGUUCCUGUCACCACAUGUGCAUGGGAUCAUGAAGGCAAAUGCAUGGCUGGUGGUAUAGGAGAUGGUUCUAUACAGAUUUGGAGUAUUAAGCCUGGAUGGGGAAGCAGGCCAGAUGUAUAUAUUGACAAAGGGCAUUCAGAUGAUAUUACUGGCGUGAAAUUUUCAAGUGAUGGGAGAAUUUUACUGUCAAGAAGCUUUGAUGGUUCGUUGAAGGUUUGGGAUCUGCGCAAAAUAAAGGAACCUCUAAAGGUAUUUGAAGAUCUUCCAAAUCACUAUGGGCAAACCAACAUUGCCUUUAAUCCUGAUGAAGAACUCUUUUUUACCGGAACAUCUGUUGAAAGAGAGAGUUUGAGUGGAGGUUUAUUGUGCUUUUAUGAUCGUGCGAACCUUGAGCUUGUUUCAAGAGUUGGUAUAUCACCCACUUGUAGUGUUGUGCAAUGUGCUUGGCAUCCUAAACUGAAUCAGAUCUUUGCAACUGUUGGUGAUAAAGGCCAAGGAGGAACUCACAUACUAUAUGAUCCAACUGUGAGCGAGAGAGGAGCUCUUGUUUGUGUUGCACGUGCACCAAGGAAAAAAUCCAUUGAUGAUUUUGAGGCAAAACCAGUUGUUCACAAUCCUCAUGCCUUACCACUGUUUAGAGAUCAGCCAAGCCGUAAGCGUCAGCGAGAGAAAAUACUGAAGGAUCCAUUAAAGUCCCAUAAGCCUGAACUUCCCAUAACAGGACCUGGUUUUGGUGGCCGAGUAGGUGUAAGUCAAGGAAGCUUACUGACUCAAUAUCUUCUGAAGCAAGGGGGUAUGAUUAAAGAGACAUGGAUGGAGGAAGAUCCAAGAGAAGCUAUCCUGAAAUAUGCUGAUGCUGCAGCAAAUGAUCCCAAAUUCAUUGCUCCAGCAUAUGCAAAAACCCAGCCUGAGCCUGUUUUUCAAACGUCAGAUUCUGACGAGGAAGAGAAAUAAUAGGGUCAUCAAUCAUAAUGCUGUGUUUUCUGGGCAUCAGAGCAUGGUCGGUGCUGAGGGAGAUAAGGUAGCAAGGGUCACUCGGAAAUAAAAGGUACCUCUGCUGAAUAUUUGAGAAUUGAGCAUUGUGGGAAGGCUUUUUACCCCAUCCCCUUAAUCAGCACUGUCUAUUUCUCCUUAAAAGUUGAUGAAAGCUAUACGAUAAGAUUAAGAAUAUAAUAAUGAGACAUUUGGAACAUUUCUUCUCUCCACCUCACAGGACCACCAGUGUGAACUUGUGGUCUGCUGGUCCAGUCGUCCGUUUGAAUUAAGAAACCGCGGUUUGUACUAUUAAUCAUCCUUUAGAGCACCAAUAACUCAGUUCUGUCCUGUUUUCUUUUUAGGCUAUUCUCUGAUUUUAAUUCAAUUUUUGAGCGGGAAUUGGGGGAGGUGGUAUGAACAUGUCUGGAUAGCCAUGCUAUAAACUUGGAUCUUGGAAACUAUUCGAGUCCUACUUGACAA